CCGAGGAGGCGGAAGAGAAAGUCCCUUGGGUUGAUUGUGUGACUGCGGACGUCGAUUCCAGGAACACCUAAAAGAGCAGCUCCAGUUCAUUUCAACGCUGUUUACAUUGGUCUCUCAAGUGGAAAACAACACAUAACUGCCCAAAAAAUAUCGGGGGCCAUGGAGUUGAAUGGCAAAGAGGAACUCAAAGGACCCGUGUUGCAUAUCGUGGUAGUCGGAUUUCACCACAAGAAAGGCUGUCAGGUGGAAUACUCUUACCCUCCCCUCAUCCCUGAGGAGGGCCAUGACAGCAACAACCUGCCUGAGGAGUGGAAGUACCUGCCUUUCCUUGCCCUGCCUGACGGAGCACACAACUACCAAGAAGACACCGUGUUCUUCCACCUCCCUCCUCUAGCUGGAGCAGAUGUGAAGUGUGUGUACGGAGUCUCCUGCUAUCGCCAAAUAGAAGCUAAGUCCCUGAAGGUCCGUCUGGCUGACGUCACCAGGGAGACGGUCCAGAAGAGUGUGUGUGUCCUCAGUCAAGUGCCUCUGUACGGUCUCCUCCAAGCUAAACUACAGCUCAUCACACACGCCUACUUUGAGGAGAAAGACUUCUCACAGAUUUCGAUAUUGAAGGAGUUGUAUGAACACAUGAACAGCUCUCUGAGAGGGACAGCUCUAGAGGGAUCCCAAGUGUUCCUGGGUAUGUCACCAAGAGAUUUAAUACUGCACUUCCGACACAAGGUUCUGAUCCUCUUCAAACUGAUUCUGCUGGAGAAGAAGGUCCUGUUCUACGUGUCUCCAGUCAACAGGCUAGUAGGAGCUCUGAUGACCGUACUGUCUCUGUUCCCAGGUAUGAUCGAGCACGGCCUGGCUGACUCCUCCCACUACCGGCCCAAGAGCAGCGUCUCCGAGGAGAUCACACUAGGACACUGUGUGUCUGGGGCAGAGGACUUGGUCUCUGUUUCCGUCACUGACAUCACCAACAGACCUCCACCCCAGCUAGGGAGAACACCCAGCUGAAGCCCCCCCUCUCGGACUUCCCCAGAGACCUCCACUAGGGAGAACACCCAGCUGAUGCCCCCCUCUCGGACUUCCCCAGACUCCUCGGAGAGCGACUGGGAGACACUGGAUCCCAGUGUUUUGGAGGAAGGGACUAGAGACUCUGAGACGGGGGGUUCAGGGGGUCUGGAGACAGGUAUCCCCAUCACGGUGCAGCCCCGGGGCCUGUCGGCAGGGCCAGGAGGCCAGGGAGACGUCUCUCAGGGCUUGGUGUCUGGACUGGAAGAGGACCAAUAUGGCCUGCCACUCGCCAUCUUCACCAAGGGUUACCUGUGCCUGCCCUACAUGGCCUUGCAGCAGCACCACCUGCUGUCAGAUGUCACGGUGCGCGGCUUUGUUGCCGGGGCAACCAACAUCCUCUUCCGUCAGCAGAGGCACCUGAGUGACGCAGUCGUUGACGUGGAGGAAGCUAAGCUCCAGAUCGGGGACCCUGAGUUGAGGAAGCUGCUAGGCCUGACCACGGCUGACCUGCGUUUUGCUGACUACCUGGUCAAACACGUGACAGAGAACCGCGAGGACGUGUUUCUGGAUGGGACCGGCUGGGAGGGAGGGGACGAGUGGAUCAGGGCCCAGUUUGGACUCUACAUACACUCCCUCCUAUCCUCUACCUUACUAGAAGAUAAUGAGAAGUUGCUAGCGGACUGGGGCGCUCCCUUUAUCUCAGCCUGGAGGAUCACACACAACUACAGAGUGUGGUUCAUCAACAAGCACCCAGCCAUGGCUGAGAUCACCCCAGGUCAUCCGUUCCAAGGACAGUACAGUGCUGCUGAUCUGAAACUAAGAUUCUCACACUCUGUGCAGAACAGUGAGCGCGGGAAGAAGAUGGGGGCAGCUGUGAUCACCACCAGUCGGAGUGUUGUGCAGACUGGGAAGGCAGUAGGUCAGUCGGUGGGUGGAGCUCUGAGCAGCGCUAAGUCAGCCAUGUCCUCCUGGUUCACUACGUUGGCACCGCCAGCUAUCGUACCCACUCCAGCAGCCUCACCAGAGCCUCCGUUACCUACAGAGACCAAGCCUUGACCACCUGCCUGCCCCCCUCACCCAGUCUCUUCUCACAGCAGCUGUCUAGCGGGAGAGACUAGGGUUAACCUACCCCCCCUCAACAGUACUCUCUCAAUUCAUCUUCCCUGGAUUUCUUGCACUCUUUCUCCUCAUUCUCAAACCCCAUUGGAGAAAAAAGUCAGAGGGGGGAGGGAUCUUGGACUGUGACCUCCAAUUGAGGCAAGGAGAUACUUCUCCUCUCAGAUCACAACAUUUUUUAUUUAACCUUUAUUUAACUAGGCAAGUCAGUUAAGAAUAAAUUAUUAUUUACUAUGACGGCCUACCGGAGAACAGUGGGUUAACUGCCUUG